AUUAUCCGACGGUCGUGAAGCCCUCUUCUCCAUCAGCGGCCAACCCCCUUCCAAAACCUACAUAAAGAAACAGAAGAAGAAGAAGGCAGGGGAGCAGAGACAGGGAUGGGCAUAGAUUACUAUAACAUACUGAAAGUGAACAGAAAUGCAAGCGAGGAUGAUCUGAGGAAAUCAUAUAAACGUUUAGCGAUGAUUUGGCAUCCUGACAAGAACCCUACCGCUAAAAGAACCGAAGCCGAGGCUAAAUUUAAACAAAUCUCCGAAGCCUACGAUGUCCUCAGUGAUCCCCAGAAGCGGCAGAUCUACGAUUUGUAUGGUGAAGAGGGGUUGAAAUCGGGGCAGUGUCCGCCGCCGUCUCCUUCGACGUCCAGGCAUUAUUUUCAGAGCCAGCACCCCAAUCCGUCGUUCAGGUUCAAGCCGAGGAACGCGGAGGAUAUUUAUGAGGAGUUGUUUGGAUCGGAGAGUGGUGGUGGUGGUGGGAAUGAGAGAGGGAAUUAUAGUAGAGGGCAUUUUAGGAAUAAUACUAAUAAUAGCAGCAGCAGCAGCAGCAGCUACUUUGGUAAUGGAGGAGACAUGAAAAAGCCGAAUGCGAUUGAGAAUUUGCUGCCUUGUAGUUUGGAGGAGCUGUAUAAAGGUGCUACGAAGAAGAUGAAAAUUUGCAGGAACAUUUUUGAGGGUACUGGUAAGGUUCGGACUCUUGAAGAGAUAUUGACCAUUGAGAUAAAACCUGGUUGGAAGAAGGGCACAAAAAUCACAUUUCCUGAGAAGGGCAACCAAGAGCCUGGCAUUAUCCCUGCAGAUAUUGUUUUUGUGGUCGAUGAAAAACCUCAUGCUACUUAUGUGAGGGAUGGUAAUGAUCUGGUCAUCAAACAGGAGAUUACACUGCUGGAGGCUCUCACAGGCAAAACCUUCGACCUGACUACCCUAGAUGGAAGGAAUAUUGUGCUUCCACUGACAGAUAUUGUCAAACCCGGUGUUGAAGUGGUUGUCCCAAAUGAAGGAAUGCCAAUCUCUAAAGAACCUGGGAAGAAGGGAAAUUUGAGAGUCAAGAUUGAUGUCAGGUACCCAUCAAGGCUUACUUCAGAACAAAAAUUCGAGCUAAGAAGGGUUUUGGGAGGAGUUUCAUGAUGGCUCCUUGCUUUAGCUGUUGAACUGGAGUAUAUUAACACUAGUAAUUACUGCAGUUAUUGUUGGAUGAAUAUAUAGCAUGCAACUCUGGCACGCUAUCGUAGAUUGUGAAUCUUAGGAAAUUUAUUUGGUUGGAUGGGAAGUUGAGGGUUUAGUGUGUCUAGUCUUGGAGAACUCAUGUGGUAAGAGGGAUGUAUUUGAUAGUGGGGCUACGCACCAUCUAACCAAAAGAAAUAGGAGGGAAAUAAAAAUCCUACCUGGCUUCUGAUGUUUGCCUAGCAUUUUUAGCUUGCAUGUUUGGAUGCUAUGUACUUGGAAGCAUGGUGCAUGGGUUUGAGCAUCGUGGAGCAAAUUGAUCUUUUUUUCUUUUUCCUUUUUUACUUUGAGAAAUAUGGAUUUCAUUUAUUGUUCAAGAUGCCAAGGAAAUGCUUGUUAUUAUCUUGAUUCCUAAAUAUAUGGAUUUAAUUCA